GCUGUGGCGGCUCAAGCAGACAGCGCUGGCCGACCACGCCGCCGCAGGAUCGGAAGAGCACGGGCAGGAUGGGCCGCCGAGUCGCCGCGAUGUUGGCUCCGAUGCUGGCCCUGCUGGCGACGCCCACGGCCAGCCAGAUGGUUGUAGCUACGCCGGACAUGAUGGAUGUCGUGACCAACCCGCUCUCGCAGGUGAACGGGUGCUGCGGGGCACAACUGGGAGACGGCAUAUGCAGCGACGGGUCGGCGGCAAUUGGCGCCACUCGGUGCUGUGGUUCAGACGAGGGCCACUGCAACAUCAUGUGCUGCGACUGCAAGGCGGGCUGCAAGGCGCCUGUCGACGAGGAAGUGCCACCCGAGGCGGAGGGUAUCGCCGAGGAGCUCCAAGCAUUGCCCCUCAACGAGUACCCGAUGAUCGUGACCCAUGACGCGGGCACCGGCUACGAGCAGCGAUAUUAUUGCAACAAUAUGAACCCUUACGGGAACUACGCCACCUGCCAGCGCGGAUCCUUCAUCGAGCAGCUGGGGUGCGGGGCCCGCAUGUUCGACCUUCGACCAUACAGAAAGGCGGAUGGCCGCCUCGUCAUGCACCACGGCAGAGUUGUCUUCGACAUGGACGUGAAAGACGCCAUGGCCGAGGUGGAGGAGUGGUUGUCCACGCGGCCGACGGAGCUUGUCAUCCUGUACGUCAACUUGUGCGACGGGGACCAGGGGGAUACGGACCUGCAACAGGUGUGCAUCAGCGAAGUCUCAGAUCUGAUCAAGGAGAAGGGUUACCACGUCAUGGGCGCAAACAAACCAAACGUGAUGGGCAGCAUGACGGUCAAGAAGGCGUUGGAGAAAGGCAAGCAAGACCGGAGGCCCGGCGGCGGCUCCAUCCUCGUGGUCUACAAACUAGGCGCGAAUUAUUACGACAAAGCUAUCAAUUGCUACAAACAGCCAACGCUCUCCACGCCUGCCGAGAACUGCGUCUCCACCGACCAUGCCGAGCGCGUUGGCCGCUACAGCCAGCUGAACGAUUACUUGAACAAGCACCUCAAUGCCCUGGAAGUGCCGUUCGCCAACGGAACUCUUUGGAACACUCAAGCGCACUGGCAGUACGACGAAUACUCGGUAGUACACGGCCUCGCCACCUUGUCCUGCAUCCUCGCCGAGUCGUCGGCGUCGAACAUAAACAACCAUGUCGCGCAGAGUGUCAAGCAGGACCACUUCAAGGCGAUCAACCUGCUGCAGGUGGACUACGUGUGCCACGGCGGCAAGAACCUCUACACGGAGCUGCAGGCGUUCGCCAGGAGGUACCUGGCGAAGAAGACUGGGGCAGCCGCGGCCUCAGUGGUGGAGGAGUACGCGGCGCGCCGCCAGCCGGCAGGCCCCACAAUUUUCCGGCCGUGCUACGGGCGGGCGCUGCGGCCGGACGGAGAGGUCGGCGCCGCGGCCAGCGCCCCCCUCGCGGUCGCCGACGCGGAGUGCGCCGGCGAAGAGUGA